CGGCGUCGCUGUCGGUGUCUUUCCCGGAGGCCGCCCCGUGACCGGAUCGUUCGUGUCCCCAUAGCACGUUUCUUGAGGCAGUUUAAGCCUGAGUGUCAUUUUCUCAACGAGAUGGAGCGGGUGCGGUUCCUGGUCAGACACAUCUAUAACCAGGAGGAGUAUGUGCGCUUCGACAGCGACGUGGGGGAGUUCCGGAAGGCGACAGAGCUGGGGCGGCCUAGCGCAGAGUACUGCAACAGCCGGAAGGACUACAUGGAGGAGACGCGGGCCGCAGUGGACACCUACUGCAAACACAGCUACCGGAUUGGUGAGAGCUUCACAGAGCAGCGGCGGGUGGAGCCUAAGGUGACUGUGUAUCCUGCAAAGACCCAGCCCCUGCAGCACCACAACCUCCUGAUCUGCUCUGUGAGUGGGUUCUAUCCAGGCAGCAUUGAAGUCAGGUGGUUCCGGAAUGACCAGAAAGAGAAGACUGGGGUGGUGUCCACAGGCCUGAUCCAGAAUGGAGACUGGACCUUCCAGAUCCUGGUGAUGCUGGAAACAGUUCCUCAGAGUGGAGAGGCUUACAUCUGCCAAGUGGAGCACCCAAGCGUAAUGAGCCCUCUCACAGUGCAAUGGAGAGCACGGUCUGAAUCUGCACAGAGCAAGAUGCUGAGCAGAGUCGGGGGCUUUGUUCUGGGCCUGCUCUUCCUUGGCACAGGGCUGUUCAUCUACUUCAGGAAUCAGAAAGGUGAGGAGCCUUUGAUAGCUGGCUUUCUACAUAGCCAUUUCCGGAGGAGAAAGGAGAAAAUAUGCUUUGCUAAGGUUAGUUCUCAGUAUAUGAGUGGGCCUGUAUAAAGCCUUUCUUUCUCC